CUGAGCUCGUACACGGGCCGGCCCUCUCUCGGUGCGUGCGUGGCUGCUGCGGCAAUACACGGUGCGUGUGGGGGAGCAAGGCGGCGGCGACGAGGGUUUUGCUGCUCCGCACACCGCGCGCAGCGGCGACGCGACCGCAGCUCGUCGCCGCCCCGGAUCGAGGAGGCGGCGGAGGCGCCUGUGGUGGCUGCGGCGGCGGGACCGUGAGCGGGAGCGCCAUGAGGGGCGGCGGCCGUGGCGGCGGCGGGAGGCAGCCCUCCUACGCGGCGCCGGACGGGUCGGAUGCGGCGGCGAUUCCGGCCGCCUCCAGGAAGAUGGUGCAGAGCCUCAAAGGGAUCCUGGCCGACCGCUCGGAGGGCGAGAUCUACGCCACGCUCUGCGACUGCGGCAUGGACCCCGACAUAGCCGUCGAGAGGCUCAUCUCCCAGGAUACUUUUCAUGAAGUGAGAAGAAAGCGGGAUAAGAAAAAGGAGACUAAAGUUAAUCAGGAUACAAGGCCUCGACCAUUCCAGAAAUCUAUAUAUCGAGGAUAUAAGGCUGGUUCAGAUCGAAGUGGACGAGACUCAGGCGGUUUCAAAGGCCCUGUCAAGAAGGAGCCAGAGUUACAUGCUCCACUAAACUCAUCAGCCUUGGAUGUCAAGACAAGUGACACUACAGAAACAUUUUCUGCUACUGGCAAUGUUGCCCAGGCUGAUGCUAAGAACACUACUUCUCAGCCUCCAUCUCAAGUGCAGCAUGGUUGGGGUGGUAUUCCAGGUCGCCCUUCCAUGGCUGAAAUAGUGAAGAUGGGCAGGCCUCAAGCUAAGGUUGGGAGCAGAUCUAUUGCAAGUAGCACUGCCAUGCCAGCCAUUGGUGAUUCAGCCAUUUCAAAUAUACCAAAUCUUGCGCCCAAUGAAUACAACAGAACUGUUUUUGCAUCAGAAGUAGGCCAUGGCGCAGCAGAUAUAUUGCCAAAUGGUGCUGUUGAGGUGCACUCUGUACCUAAAGAUGCUUCCUCACUUGAUAUGUUACCUUCAGCAGAGGGAACAGAUGUUGAAGCCCCUUCCAUGAGUGCUAACGCACAAGGUUCAUCAACGCCAGAUGCCAAUGAAGAUGACAUUGAAAAAGACGCAAAUUUGGAAGAGGGCAAUACAGAAAGCUUGACAACUCAGGGACAAGUUUCUGCUUCUGGUAAAGAUACACAAUCAGAAUAUACUGAAGUUGUCAGUCAUCUGGAUGAAGGCUCGAUAGAGAAAACAGAUGACUUUCAGCUCAAUGGCCUUUCAUUUGAGCACAACCAAAGUCUGAAUGGAGAUAUGUCUACAACGACAACACAAUUUGACCAUUUGACUCUGCAUGAGGGACCAAAAUUAACCGAUGAUAAUCCGGCUGUAAUAAUCCCUGAUCAUCUUCAGGUUUCAAACGCUGAUUGUGCACACUUGACAUUUGGUAGUUUUGUGUCCGGAACACUUGAUGCAUCCUUGGCAACAAAACCUCUUGAUAGUCAUGGGGAUGUUGCGACAGUUCCUGAUGAUGAUUCAAUUGACCAAUCAGAUGGCAGAAUCCACGAUGACGAAAGCAAGGUGACAUUAGCUCCUCCUGCUAAUGAAUACACUACUCCUGCUAAUGAAUAUGUUACUUCUGCGGCAAACAGCAAUGUGGAGAAUCUUGAUAUCACAUCAGCACAGCAAUCUGAAAGAGCCAAUUUCCUGGAUGUCACGAGCAAUACUGAAUACAACCUAUCAUCAACCCCAGAUUAUGCAACUUCGGGUCCAGCACUGCAAGAUUCUGCUUCACAGAGUUAUCUACAGGAAAACCGACAAUUCCAGAACAUUUCUCCUCUCUCAAGCUUCAUGCAAAUACAAAAUGGUCUCCUGCCACCAGCAAUCCCACCAUUGCGUGAAUUUGAUCCAGCAUUCUCACUAUUGCUCACGAAUCCUCCUAUGAUGCCUGGUGCAAUGUCAUCAUCCAUGAGCAAUGCAACUGUUUCUACGCAGCCCCAAGAAAAUGCCAAUCCAGUUGGUUUACCCAACCCUCAAUUGACUCAAUCUCAGCCAAGCACCAGCAUUGCUUCAGGGCCUCCGCUCCCUCAGCAUCUUCUUCAUCCCUAUGCUCAAGCAACCCUUCCUCUUGGAUACGCAAGCAUGAUUGGCUAUCCAUCUCUUCCACCAAGCUAUGCAUAUCUCCCACCUGCUGCUUUUCAGCAACCAUACAUGAACAGUGGCUUGUUCCACCAAGCAGCAGCCGCAGUUCCCAACUCGAGUGUGAAAUACCCUCUACCACAGUACAAAAGCAACAUUGCCCUUGCUAGCCUACCACAGCCAGGCUCUUUGCUCUCAAGCUAUGUUGGAGGCUUUGGAACUGCAAACAACAUGCCUGGAAAUUUCCCUCUGAACCAAAGCACAACAUCAGCAACCACAACUCUUGGGUUUGAUGGGACGGUCCCUUCACAUUUCAAAGAUGGAAAUCAGUUUAUUUCUCUUCAGCAGAAUGAGAACCCUGCAAUGUGGAUGCAUGGAGCUGGUUCGCGAGGGAUGCCCCCACUUGCAGCCAGUACCAUGUAUGGCUAUCAAGGGCAGAGUCAUCAGGCCGGCCUUCGGCAGGGCCAGCUACCUUCACAAUUUGGCUCUGCGCUUGGGCAGUCACAGCCAGGCCUGGGCCCUGAACACAGAAACCCUAGCGAUAGUAACCUAAGUGGUGCUGCUCAGGCUAACCAAAUGUGGCCGAAUAGCUACUGAUCCAUCCCCUUGUCAACUUUUGUGGAAGGCGGUCCUGUUGUGUGUGCAACCCCAGAGAGGCCAUGCAAUGCUUGUGGUCUGAUCCAGGCACGCGGAUACCAGCUGUGUGCAUGAGUUGGUGUCGUGACAUUUUGAGAGGCACAAGAGAUAUAUGUUCGAGCAUGUUCUACCUGUAGGGUUUCUAGGAUAUGGCCAAAAAUGUAGCUCGAUCUAUUUAUUCAAAUUCUGAUAGAGAAAGGAUGGUUCUUUUUUCUAUUUUAUUUUUCCUUUUUUGCUGUUUAAAUAUUUUGUGACAAUAAAACCGAAAUAUCUAACACAGCAGCACCAUUAGUUCCCCAGGAAGCGAAAGAUAGGCUAUUUUUGCACCACCA